AUGACACCCGCUUCCACACAGCUUCAGGAGCUCAAACUGGACACGGAAUUCAUUGAUGGACGUUACAGGCAUACGAUCGCCGAAGAGCCUGUAAGAUACGAGACCUGGACUCGGACCGAGAUCAUUGGAGAGGGCGCAUUUGGCACGGUUUAUAAAGAGACCUGUGCAGAGAGGAGGAAUCUCAGAGCGGUCAAACAGCUCAGGAAGUCACUCGUGAGGUGGAAUGAAAUCGCAAUCUUGGCACAACUUCGCUCGUACCCUGAGCAUUUUGUUAUGCUGUCAGGAUGGUUUGAGGACGGAAUUAACGUUUAUUUGGCGAUGGAAUACCUUCCAGGGGACCUGGACGCACUGCUCAAGGAACAAGACCUAUCCGAGGAUGACACGAAGAGGGUUACAAAACAGAUUCUUGCUGGUCUGGAAAUAUUGCAUGACAAUGAUAUCUGCCACCGUGAUCUGAAGCCAGGUAAUAUCCUGAUCGCUCACUGGAUACCACUUUCAGUAAGGAUCGGUGACUUUGGUGUCUCCAAACACUUCGACGGCAACACCGAAGGGCGAACCACAACAGGGACUAGACCCUUCAUGGCCCCGGAAGUCUGGGGAUUUGGUGAUGAAGAUACCAGUGUAUACACCACAGCAGUCGACAUGUGGUCUUUGGGAUGUUUAGUAUACUUCAUGCUGACCAAAGAGCUGCCGUUCCCCGAGACGAGAAACCUGAUUAACUUUUUAUCUGGCCGGGACCCGUUUCCACCGAGUACCGCAGUUACACGGAGUAUCCCACACUCAGCAGUUGGCUUCAUAGCUAGUAUGCUUCAGCCCUCGCCAGCGAGCCGAAUCCCCGCAUCAAAAGCUCAACUGCACUCUUGGCUUUUGAUCAAGAAGCAGCAUGAGACCAUUUGGAACCAUAUACUCCCUGACGCAGGUAAACAAGCCGCCAGACCCAAGCCCAAGCAGAUCGCCAGGUCUAUAAAAGAUCUUGUUCUUGGAGAUAAGAACGAACCGGUUCCUCUGGACUCGCUGGGUCCAAAGACGCAACCCCAGGUUUCUGCAAAGAAACCGGCCCCCGUAGACUGUCCACCAGGUCCAGAAAAGCAACCGCGGGCUUCCGCCUCUGUUAGGCGAAUAGAAGCGAAUCAACAUCUAUUAGUGUCGGCUGCUGCGAGCGGCGAUUGCGAGCUACUUAUAGAGCAACUGGGGAAGGGAGCAAAACCGAUGGAGGAUCCUGCGGGAUAUACGCCAAUAUAUGCAGCUGCAAAAAAUUGCCACCUCCCCGUCAUCAAGCUGCUGCUGGAGAACGGGGCACAUCUAGGCGUGGAGGGCAGUCGUCAAGUCUCUGCCCUGCAUGGGGCUGCUAUAGGGGGGAAUCUCGCAAUAGUCCAAUACCUGGUAGACAAAGGGGCCGAUAUAUCAUUACAGGGCGAAACUAAAACCAAAGGAUGGACUGCUCUAUUGCUCGCUGCGAGUAAUGGUCUUGUGGACAUCGUACGGUACCUACUGGACAGAGGCGCUGAUAUUUCCGAAAAGAUGCUGGAUACUGGGAACGGACCAUUACAUCUGGCAGCGCAGGGCAACCAUCUUGAGGUGACGCUUCUAUUGCUGGAGAGAGGUGCUGAUCCGUCGGUAAAGUCAACGGAUGGGUAUAUGGCUUUCCAUGUGGCUGCAGAGUUUGGUUCGAUCGAUGUAUUAAAACUGCUGUUUGACAAAGGGGCGGAUGUAUCAGUCCGGGGUGGAACCCCAGGAUGGACAGCUUUAAACCUCGCUGCGCGAUAUGGACGUUUGGACAACGUACGGUACCUACUGGACAGAGGGGCUGAUAUUUCCGAAACGAUGCUGGAUACUGGGAACAGAGCAUUACAUCUGGCAGCGCAGGGCAACCAUCCCCAGGUGGCACUGCUGCUGCUGGAGAGUGGUGCUGAUCCGUCCGCAAAAUCAACUCUCGGGUUUACGGCUUUCCACUUUGCUGCACAAUUUGGUUCGAUUGAUGUAUUAAAGCUGCUGUUUGACAAAGGGGCGGAUAUCUCGGUGCGGGGUGGAACUGCAGGAUGGUCAGCGUUACACCUCGCUACCAAUAAUGGUCACUUCGACAAUGUACGGUACCUUCUGGAUCGAGGUGCUGAUAUUUCCGCAAAGAUGUUGGACAGCCCUUCUGGGAAAGACGCUUUACAGCUAGCAGCGCAGGGCAACCAUCCCAAGGUGGCGAGUCUGUUACUGGAGAGAGGUGCUGAUCCGUCGGUAAAGUCAAAGGAUAUGUUUAUGGCUUUCCACAUGGCCGCACAGUUUGAUUCGAUUGGUGUAUUAAAGCUGCUGGUUGACAGAGGGGCGGAUAUCUCGGUGCGGGGUGGAAGUGCAGGAUGGACAGCGUUACAUCUCGCUGCGCAGUAUGGUCGUUUGGAAACCGUACGGUACCUACUAGACAGCGGUGCUGAUAUUUUCGCAAAGAUGCUGGACAUCUCUGGGAAAGAUGCUUUACAGCUGGCAGCGCAGGGCAACCACCCCGAGGUGGCGAGUCUGUUACUGGAGAGAGGUGCUGAUCCGUCGGCAAAGUCAAAGGAUAUGUUUAUGGCUUUCCACAUGGCUGCACAGUUUGGUUCGAUUGAGGUAUUAAAGCUGCUGGUUGACAGAGGGGUGGAUAUCUCGGUGCGGGGUGGAACCGCGUCAUGGACAGCGUUACAUCUCGCUGCCAAUGACGGUCAAUUGGACAACGUACGGUACCUUCUGGAUAGAGGUGCUGAUAUUUCCGCAAAGAUGCUGGACAACUCUGGGAAAGAUGCUUUACAUUUGGCAACGCUGGAUAUAUCAAUCCGCGGUGGAACUGCAGAAUGGACAGCGUUACAGCUCGCUGCCAGUAAUGGCCACUUGCACAACGUACGGUACCUCCUGGAUAGAGGUGCUGAUAUUUCCGCAAAGAGACCAAAGACUGGACGGGAUGCUUUACUACAAGCAGCGGAUAAGGGCUAUCUAGAUAUAGUACGCUUACUGCUAGAAAAAGGCGCGAGUUCGACCUCUACAACUAAAGCGGGCGAGACAGCAAUAUCUUUGGCUGCUACCAAUGGGCACACAGACAUUGUACGUCUGCUCAUCGAGUGGUCCGAAAGAGACAUGACAAUACCUUUCACUCAGCUGGAUAAUCUCAAGCUCUCCGAGCAUCCAACGCAAGACCCCACUUUAGCUAGGAGCGAGGAUGGGUCUACCACACUGUGGAACUCUACAAUAGGAUCCUCCAGAGUUUGA